CUUUUCUUUUUCACGUGUCAACCAUAAGUGGAUUGCAGUUUUUCAAUCCCACUUUAUAGAGACAGCAGUCUGAAAAGACGACACUACAAGCUAGUUUCACAGAAUUUUUCCCGCGAAUUGAUCAGUUAGCUUUGUAGUCAUUGCGGUCACAACGCGGUUUCUUGAUUUUGCUCCAAACAUGUGAGUGCGUGGACUUUAAUUGUGUUUCAAUUUAUUGGUUUCUCAUUGUGUCAGUGAUUACGUAGCAGAAGAGUCGAGAUUGGAAAUGAAAAUGCGUAUUUCUAUAAUAACUGAAAUACUACGAGCGCCCUGAUUGAUAAAAGAAGAAAACCCGUAGAAAAUGGAAAAAAAAUUUAUGUUAAUUUCAUAAAAAAAAGACCACACUUUCUAGUACCCCACCCUCUAUCGUUUUACCGGCGUUAUAAUCCACUCGAAAGUUUGUAACUCGCUGGCUUUCGCUUCGUGAUGUUCACAAACUUUUAUCGUGUUCCACCAACAUUCCGCGUGGUUUAUUAUGCUGAUAAACUGAUGAAAAACUUCAAAGCGUGGUCCUUUGCUCGAACAUUCCCUAGUUUUUAUUAUUAUUGUUAUUAUUAUUAUUAUUACUUUAUUAUUAUAAUUUUUUUUUCCUUUCAAAGGGAACGCACAGAUUAAUCCCGUGAAUGUUGCGUUUUGCAGUGAUAACUUCCGAAGAUAUUCCUCAAUUUUUAUAAUCAUCCGCGUGGAAUUCUUAAGUAUACACUUAUACCCUUUUAUUCUUCUUUCUUCAAAACCACGGAAGUCGUAAGAAAAGAUUUUGAGAAAAUUGCAAUGAUGUAUAGAAAUGAUUGUUAUUUGUUAUAUCCGUCGAAAUUCAUUUCGUAGCAGGCUUAUUUAAAUACGGAGCAAAAUUCUGUUGACUUUGUUACCAGCUGCUAAGAAUGUAUUUAUUUUUUGCCGUAAGGAUUUAAGUGGUUUUCCUGUUACUGUUUUACAAUUCUCACCUUGGCAACAGCUCUGCUUUUUGUUUUUGUGAUGGAAAUUUGUUUUAAUUUGCAAUCAAACUUCGAGUGUCAAAACUUUUGUGUACAACAAGCCGAGCAUGGCUUUUAACUUCAGCCUGUUGGCUCUUUUAUUAACAAGCUCAUGGGAAUCGCGAUGGAGUAAGAAGAUUAAUUGUUUAAGUGUCUCGAUGCAAAUUUGCUCUCCUGUCAUAGUUACCGUCUUCGUUUAGCACCGGCUGGUAAAAAAUUGAACCUUUGCAUUCUCGAAGAAAAUGCGUGAAACUCUCGCACCAGUGAAAUGUGCCAUACAAGAAAAGAAUGCGAAUUUAGACGUGGAUAUCAUCAGAAGGGAUCGAGCAAUUUUAUACCGCGUACAACCACGAAGAGUCAUGACAGUUCGGAAAGAGGCUUUAAAAUGGAAACAGAUUCCCGUGGCGCGGGUCGAAGAGCUACUAACUGCUGGCUUGGAUCGAAAUGACAAACAAUCUUCGUCAAAGUAUCAGUCAAGACCAUCCAGUACUGCGUCAUAUUCUCAGGGACCGUCUCCAAGGCACACAUCUAGUCCCUUAUCACCCGCACCUCCAGCACAGCGGGCCAGUAGCGCCGAGAAGACUAAUGGAGUGAGGACCCAAUCAGCGAGGUCCAUAGGGACGCAAAGAUGUCUUGAGAGGGCAGCUAGUGCAGGCGUGGUGAGAGAAAAACCUUCAGCGCCGGAAAACAGACCACGUGAGAGGCCAGGUUCGUCUCAUAGCAACCACACUGUAACAUACAGUUCACGAAGUGCCUCCUGCCAACCACCUCGUAUGUAUGAAAGAGAAGGAAUCCGAACCGCAGCGAAGUUGAACCGACCACUGGGUAAGUUCUACCUCUGCCAAGAGGAAAGGGAUCGAGUGCGCUCGGCAAGGCGCCCGAAGUCGCCGUCGAGAUUCGACGGAACGCCAGUUGAACUGCCAAGCUUUAUGAAAACGAACAAAUUUCUCCGACACGAAGAUUUAAGCAUGGGACAGAAACAAUACAUCUGGGGAGUGGCGCGCAUCUACUCUGUCACCCAACUGAUGAAUCUGAAGCAAAGACAGUAUCAGAAUCUGUUGGAUUAUGAGUUUAGUAGAAGAAUUCAGAAUAAAGAACUGAAAGAACACGAGAGAGUUAAAGAGUGGAAAGAUUACCAGCGUUACUCUAAGUUUAUCAAGAGAUACGAGCAGCGAAUUCCGGGGAGCAGGUCAAGCCCAGCGCGCUCGCCUUGUGAGGAAGCUUCGCAUGUUCAUAGGCACAUGAUCAAAGGUUGGACCACAGAUCCACAUGCAAACGAAGCCUAUAGACCAUCCAGUAAAACAGGUUAUAGCGCCAGGGAGCGACUAACGUCUCCUGAGAGUACGCAAGAAAACGAAGAGGAUGCGCCUGACAGUGAAACUGAGCAGUACAGGCUCAGGUUGAUUAUUUUACCAGGAGACAAGGAGAAGAUUGGGACCGAAGAUGACGUUACGACAGGAUCCGAUACUGUGGAACAAAAGAAUCCUCAGGACACAGGGGAAGGGAGUGACCGUAAUGUACCUGAUGAAAACGAUGAAAACGAUGAAGAUAACGAUACUUCGGCAGAUGCAGAACGGAAAGAAGAAGAGCCUUCAGCUGAUAGUGAGAAUUACCUUUAGAUUGGUUGACGAUACGCAAUCAGAUUUUGUUUAAUGUGUGUAAUUCUGAACAAAGAUGGAUGAUAAUUUAAUUGAGCAGAUACUUGGCCAAUUCCGGGCGCUCAGUUAGUAAAACGAAGCAUAGUAGUACAGCUUGAAAGCUUUUGGCCGUGAAAGGUCUGGGUUCGAGACUAUCGUGCCGGUUACUGUUUCGCACUGAUUUCGCACCGUUAUACUUGUAAAAUGCUUCUUCACAACGUGUUGGUUACUUCCUUCAUUCGUUAGAUUGUUUUUAGUCUAUAAUGGAGAUUUCUAUUUUUCAAAAAAUAAAUAAAUAAAUAAAUAAACGGUUCAGAUCGAAAUGUGUUUUAAGUUCACACAUUUAGCAAGUGAACGAAAAAGGAGUACGAAAAAAUUGUACGAAAAAGGAGAUUAAGAAGAGCGUGAUAACUAUAUUAACAACUACAUUGGCGGCGGUAAGAUAUUUAUCCACGUGUCAAACGCGCAUUUCAAUGAGUAAUUGAAUGUUGAAAGAAACUAUGCAAUGUAUUGGUUUAGCCUUUUUCCGCUCUGUGAUUGGUCUCGAAAACUCGCGUCACCCAUUUCAACCAAUCAGACGUAAAAAUCUCUAACUAAUCGCGACCUGAUCCCUUGCGUUUUUCCCGCCCUUUGGGCAGAGAGCUUUUUUCUAUUUUGACUCGUCAUGAAAAGUGUUCUUAGAGGUAAAAGUGAAAUAAACAACGCAGAAAUUUGAACCAAAAUAGGUGCCAUCGACGCAUACUUAAGCCAAGCUGGGGAGACUUAAGGGAAUAACAUGACAAGACAGCUUGAAAUAAAGAUUGCUUUCGUUUUAAACUUUGCAACUAUUGUUGAUGCUGUAAAUAGAG